CAAUGCCCCGGCGGGAGGAGAGCCGUGAGGGUGUCCGCCUGGCGAGUGCGGCCAGAACACCGGUCACUGUUUUCUGUGCGCACGUUGCAAGGACCGUGUGUGAGUCUGGUAUAAUUUGACCUCCUGAGAUUCUGUCUUAGCAAGAAGAAAGUGGAAAAUACUCUUGGAAAGAAAACUAAGACAUUAAGAAAGCCAGAACUUAUUUUUACAUGGUUGUCCACUCAGUUACCAAUAUGGACACUUUUCCCACCAUUUUUCCUCCUGGUGGAGACAGUGAACUGAGACAUUCUCAAUCUGAGCUCCAAAAAAUGUUAACUGAUGAACGAUUACGAUGUGAACAUCAUAAAACUAAUUAUCAGACUCUGAAAGCUGAACACACAAGGUUGCAAGAUGAGUACAUAAAGUUGCAAAAUGAACUCAAGCGCGUUUUAAAUGAAAAGCAAACUCACCAGGAAAAAUUUCAGCUGCUGCUUGAAGAGGUACGAGGAGAAUUAGUUGAGAAAACUAAAGACUUAGAAGAGAUGAAGCUGCAGGUAUUAACUCCACAGAAGUUGGAAUUCUUACGAGCCCAAAUACAACAAGAGCUGGAAACUCCAAUGAGAGAACGUUUUAGGAAUCUAGAUGAAGAAGUGGAAAAGUAUAGAGCUGAAUAUAAUAAGCUUCGCUAUGAACAUACAUUUCUCAAAUCAGAAUUUGAACACCAGAAAGAAGAAUUUGCACGUAUUUUAGAAGAAGAAAAAAUAAAACACAAAUCAGAGAUUACAAGAUUGGAGGAAGAUAAAGAACUCCUUAACCAGUUGCACAGUGUUGAUCCCACAAGAGAGAGCAAACGAAUGGAGCAACUUGUUCGAGCAAAAGCCCAUUUGCAUCAGAAAUUAAAAAGUUUAGAAGCUGAAAUAGCAGAAUUAAGAGCUGAAAAAGAGAAUUCUAGUGCUCAGGUAGAAAAUGUCCAAAGAAUUCAGGUGCGGCAGUUGGCUGAGAUGCAGGCUACAGUCAGAUCCCUGGAGGCUGAAAAACAGUCAGCUAAACUACAGGCUGAACGCUUGGAAAAAGAGCUACAAUCAAGCAAUGAAGAAAACACUGCGUUAAUUAGUAAAUUGCAUAAAGCCGAACGGGAAGUAAAUACGUUGGCCAGUAAAGUAAAGGAGCUUAAGCAUUCAAACAAACUAGAAAUAACAGACAUCAAACUGGAGGCAGCAAGAGCUAAGAGUGAGCUAGAAAGAGAAAGGAAUAAAAUUCAAAGUGAACUGGAUGGAUUACAGUCAGACAAUGAAAUUCUCAAAUCAGCUGUUGAACACCACAAAGUGCUGUUAGUAGAAAAGGACCGUGAAUUAAUACGUAAAGUACAAGCUGCCAAAGAAGAAGGUUAUCAAAAACUUGUGGAAUUACAAGAUGAAAAGCUAGAACUUGAGAGCAGAUUAGCGGAUUUAGAGAAAAUGAAAGUGGAACAUGAUGUCUGGAGGCAGUCUGAAAAGGAUCAGUGUGAAGAGAAAUUGCGAGCUUCACAGAUGGCAGAAGAGUCAGCCAGAAGGGAACUACAGAGUAUUAGGUUAAAACUUCAACAACAAAUCGUGGAUAUUGAAAAUGCAGAAAAAGAAAAAAAAGAAAAUUCUGACCUGAAACAGCAAAUCAGUGGUUUGCAGAUCCAAGUGACCUCACUGGCACAGUCAGAAAAUGAGUUGCUGAAUUCAAACCAAAUCCUGAAGGAAAUGGUGGAGAGGUUAAAACAGGAAUGCCGAAAUUUAAGAAGCCAAGCUGAAAAAGCACAACUAGAAGUUGAAAAGGCAUUGGAAGAGAAGCAAAUACAAUGGUUGGAAGAAAAGCAUAAGCUUCAUGAACGUAUCACUGACAGAGAAGAAAAGUAUAAUCAAGCUAAAGAGAAAUUGCAGCGAGCUGCAAUUGCCCAAAAAAAGAGAAAAUCUCUUCAUGAAAACAAAUUAAAGAGACUACAGGAAAAGGUAGAAAUCUUAGAGGCAAAGAGAGAAGAAUUGGAAACAGAAAAUCAGGUGUUAAAUAGACAAAAUGUUCCAUUUGAAGAGUAUACAAGGCUUCAAAAAAGACUAAAGGAUAUACAGAGAAGACAUAAUGAAUUUCGAAGUUUAAUUUUGGUUCCUAAUAUGCCUCCAUCAGCAUCCAUCAAUCCUGUUAGUCUUCAGUCAUCAACUGUGAUUCCAGGCAUGGAAUUGUCCUUUCCUCCUCACAUGCAGGAGGAACAGCAUCAAAGGGAACUCUCUCUACUUCGCAAAAGACUAGAAGAACUUGAAACAACACAAAGGAAACAACUAGAGGAACUUGGGUCUCCUGGGGAAUGA